AUGGAAGAUGCAAAUUCUAUUUCUGCCCUCCCCAACGAGACUUACAUCUUCACCUCUCUCUUUUACUUUACUGAAGAUGCAAAUUCUGUUUCUGCCCUCCCCAACGAGACUUACAUCUUCAACUCUCUCUUUUACAUUAUUGAAGAUGCAAAUUCUGUUUCUGCCCUCCCCAAAAGCACUUAUAUCUUCACCCCUGACUUUUACUCUAUUAAAGAUGCAAAUUCGAUGCAAAUUCUGUUUAUGCCCUCCCCAACAAGACUUACAUCUUCACCUCUAUCUUUUACUCUAUUGAAGAUGCAAAUUCGGUUUCUGCCCUCCCCACAAGACUUACAUCUUCACGUCUGCCUUUACUCUAUUGAAGAUGCAAAUUCUGUUUCUGCUCUCCCCAACGAGACUUACAUCUUCACCUCUCUCUUUUACUUUAUUGAAAAUGCAAAUUCUGUUUCUGCCCUCCCCAACGAGACUUACAUCUUCACCUCUGUCUUUUACUCUAUUGAAGAUGCAAAUUCAGUUUCUGCCCUCCCCAACAAAGCUUACACCUUUACUUCUGUUUUUUACUCUAUUAUAGACGCAAAUUCUGUUUCUGCCCUCCCCAACGAGACUUACAUCAUCCCAUGCCAAUUCGGUUUCUGCCCUCCCCACAAGUCUUACAUUUUCACCUAUGUGUUUUACUCUAUUGAAGAUGCAAAUUCUGUUUCUGCCCUCCAUUACAAGACUUACAUCUUCACCUCUGUCUUUUACUCUAUUGAAGAUGCAAAUUCUGCUACUGUCCUCCCAAACAAGACUUACAUCUUCGCCUCUGCCUUUUACUCUAUUGAAGAUGCAAAUUCUGUUUCUGCCCUCCCCAAUGAGAUUUACAUCUUCACUUUUGUUUUUUACUCCUUUGAAGAUGCAAAUUCUGUUUCUGCCCUCUCCAACGAGACUUACAUCUUCAACUCUCUCUUUUACAUUAUUGAAGACGCAAAUUCUGUUUCUGCCCUCCCCAAAAACACUUAUAUCUUCACCUCAUUCUCUUACUCUAUUGAAGAAGCAAAUUCGGUUUCUGCCCUCCCCAACGAGACUUCCAUCUUCCCCUCUGUCUUUUACUCUAUUGAAGAUGCAAAUUCGGUUUCUGCCCUCCCGAACAAGACUUACAUCUUAACCUAUCCCUUUCACUUUAAUGACGAUGCAAAUUCUAUUUCUGCCCUCCCGAACAUGACUUUACGUCUAUGCAAAUUCGGUUUCUGCCCUCCCCACAAGACUUACAUCUUCACGUCUGUCUUUUACUCUAUUGAAGAUGCAAAUUGUGUUUCUGCCCUUCCCAACGAGACUUACAUCUUCACCUCUCUCUUUUACUUUAUUGAAGAUGCAAAUUCUGUUUCUGUCCUCCCCAACGAGACUUACAUCUUCACCUCUAUCUUUUACUCUAUUGAAGAUGCAAAUUCUGUUUCUGCCCUCCCCAACAACUUCUACUUUUUUACUUCUGCACUUCACUGUUCACUGAAGAUGUAA